AUGUCAGCUUACGACUGGUCUAAUGAUCUUGAAAAGUCAAUUCAAGAUCUAAAUAUUGAAAAAUUUAAGUACGAGCAAUUUACGAAAGUUCGAGAACUCGGUAAAGGUGCAUUCGGAGUUGUACACCGAGCAGUAGACAAGUAUAAAAAUGAUGUUGCUAUUAAAUCUAUCCAAAUUAAUGACAAAAAAGUUAUGGAUGCCUUCAUUAAUGAA